CGCGCGGUCUCACGGCGGCUGCGCGCCUGCGCGAGGGAGGGCGGCGAGCGCGCGCGGGGGCGGGCUCUACUAAGCGCCCAGCUGCAGCCGCGGAGCCGGACAUGUCCGCGAAGAUGGCGGGCCGGAGUAUGCAAGCUGCAAGAUGUCCUACAGAUGAAUUAUCUUUAACUAACUGUGCAGUUGUGAAUGAAAAGGAUUUCCAGCCUGGCCAGCAUGUGAUUGUGAGGACCUCUCCCAAUCACAGGUACACAUUUACCCUGAGGACCCAUCCGUCAGUGGUUCCAGGGACCAUCGCAUUCAGCUUACCUCAGCGAAAAUGGGCUGGACUUUCUAUUGGGCAAGAAAUAGAAGUGUCCUUAUAUACAUUUGACAAGGCGAAACAAUGCAUUGGCACAAUGACCAUCGAGAUUGAUUUCCUGCAGAAAAAGAGCAUUGACUCCAACCCUUAUGAUACUGACAAGAUGGCAGCAGAAUUCAUUCAGCAGUUCAACAACCAGGCGUUCUCAGUGGGACAGCAGCUUGUGUUUAGCUUCAACGAAAAGCUUUUUGGUUUGCUGGUAAAGGACAUUGAAGCCAUGGAUCCUAGCAUCUUGAAGGGAGAGCCUGCGACAGGUAAAAGACAGAAGAUUGAAGUAGGACUGGUUGUUGGAAACAGUCAAGUUGCAUUUGAAAAAGCAGAAAAUUCAUCACUUAAUCUUAUUGGCAAAGCGAAAACCAAGGAAAAUCGCCAAUCUAUCAUCAAUCCUGACUGGAACUUUGAAAAAAUGGGAAUAGGAGGUCUGGACAAGGAGUUUUCAGAUAUUUUUCGACGAGCGUUUGCGUCCCGAGUAUUUCCUCCAGAGAUUGUGGAGCAGAUGGGUUGCAAACAUGUUAAAGGCAUCCUGUUAUAUGGGCCCCCAGGUUGUGGUAAGACUCUCUUGGCUCGACAGAUUGGCAAGAUGUUAAAUGCAAGGGAGCCCAAAGUGGUCAACGGCCCAGAAAUCCUUAACAAGUAUGUGGGAGAAUCAGAAGCUAACAUCCGUAAACUCUUCGCUGAUGCUGAAGAGGAACAAAGGAGGCUUGGUGCAAACAGUGGUUUGCACAUCAUCAUCUUUGAUGAAAUUGAUGCCAUCUGCAAGCAGAGAGGAAGCAUGGCCGGCAGCACAGGAGUUCACGACACUGUCGUCAACCAGUUGCUGUCCAAAAUUGAUGGGGUAGAGCAGCUGAACAACAUCUUAGUCAUUGGAAUGACCAACAGACCAGACCUGAUAGAUGAGGCUCUCCUUCGACCUGGAAGACUGGAAGUUAAAAUGGAGAUAGGCUUACCAGAUGAGAAAGGUCGACUACAGAUCCUUCACAUCCACACUGCAAGGAUGAGAGGGCAUCACUUACUCUCUGCCGACGUAGACAUUAAAGAACUGGCUGUGGAGACCAAGAAUUUCAGCGGUGCUGAGCUGGAGGGGCUGGUGCGGGCCGCACAGUCCACCGCUAUGAACCGACACAUCAAGGCCAGUACUAAGGUGGAAGUGGACAUGGAGAAAGCAGAGAGCCUGCAGGUGACAAGAGGAGACUUCCUUGCUUCUUUGGAGAAUGAUAUCAAACCAGCAUUUGGCACAAACCAAGAGGAUUAUGCAAGUUACAUUAUGAAUGGUAUUAUCAAAUGGGGUGAUCCAGUUACACGAGUUCUAGAAGAUGGGGAGCUGCUGGUUCAGCAGACUAAAAAUAGUGACCGCACACCACUGGUUAGCGUCCUUUUGGAAGGCCCUCCUCAUAGUGGGAAGACGGCUCUGGCCGCGAAGAUUGCCGAGGAAUCCAACUUCCCCUUCAUCAAGAUCUGUUCUCCUGAUAAGAUGAUUGGCUUUUCUGAGACAGCCAAGUGUCAGGCCAUGAAGAAGAUCUUUGAUGAUGCAUAUAAAUCCCAGCUUAGUUGUGUGGUUGUGGACGACAUUGAGAGGCUGCUCGAUUAUGUUCCGAUUGGCCCUCGAUUUUCUAAUCUGGUAUUACAGGCUCUUCUCGUGCUACUCAAAAAGGCACCUCCUCAGGGCCGCAAGCUUCUUAUCAUCGGCACCACUAGCCGCAAAGAUGUCCUUCAGGAGAUGGAGAUGCUCAAUGCUUUCAGCACCACCAUCCACGUGCCCAACAUUGCCACAGGAGAACAGCUGUUGGAGGCUCUGGAGCUUUUGGGCAACUUCAAAGAUAAGGAACGCACCACGAUCUCGCAGCAAGUCAAAGGGAAGAAGGUCUGGAUAGGCAUCAAGAAGCUGCUGAUGUUGAUCGAGAUGUCGCUCCAGAUGGAUCCUGAAUACCGUGUGAGAAAAUUCUUGGCCCUCUUAAGAGAAGAAGGAGCGUCUGAGAGACCAAGCAAGGAAGUUGGUUGUACUGUUGGUUUGCUCUCCUUGUCCUGCUUCGCAAAACUUCCUUGUCGCAAUGCAGGAAAAAACUCGAUGUAGCCCCCUGGACUUUGAAAAUGGACUCUUUGAACACGCACAGUGACCAAGGGACGUGACCAAGGUGAAGAGUGAAGACGGCCUGGGACCUUCACUCAGCUUGCUCAAGAUCCUAGACGAAGUGAAAUGUUCCCUGCCUUCGACACGUGCUCACUCUGCAUGAUUAGUGCAAUAAAACUCCCUUCCUUGUGCUUACUCGGUCCGUUUUGUGGAAGGUACACAUUUGCUCUAGAACGCUCUGCUUACCUCUCUGUGCAAGCUAGGAUGAUUUCUUCUUCCUUGGUCCUGAAGUGCGGGAGUCCCUGCACUUGGGGGCGCUACACAUUUCAAGCUCAGUACCACCCUCGCCACCCCAAACCUCUCAGUAAAUGUAAUGAUGUCGUAGGACAGCACCGGGCCUGUUAGAAGGAAGACUUUCUAGAUGUAAACCAGGAGCAGUGACUUAGAGGUAUGGGUUCAGAGGGAUUAUCUUAGAGCUCGCCUGUAAUAACACUAAAGCUACUUGGGUAUUUGGUUAAAAGUUCUCCCAGAAGACUGGUUGGUUAUUUUCGCCUGAAGAAACAGGGCUUUGGAUUUCUAAGAUGUGGUUUGCAGUAAUUUUCAGAGAUGUUCCCAAGUUGUAGCCAGGAGAUCUUUCUUAAUAGAAAGUCCGAAUACCACUGUGUUGGCCGUGGCAUUCCCUCAGUGUUACUCGUGUGCUCCGUGGCAAGAGAUGUGACGGCCGUGACCACGUGGUAGCUGUUGUUAACGACUUGGGAAAAACCUGUAUGGAAAAAGCCUACACCCCUGAACAGAGUCAUUAAAAUAAAGUCCUCUUAUAAACCUCUCAGCACUAAUUAGUGUCCAAGUCUAAAUGGGAAAACACAAUAUUAGAGGCAUAUUACUAGUAUCACCGUUUUUCUUUUUCCUCAGCUUAAUGACUUAGAAUUUAUUCUUCCUUUAUUUUAAACCCUCUGUGCUAUCCAGCAUCGAAAUAAAACACUAUUCUCCAGAAGAAACCAUUUUCUAGCCCUCACCCUGAGACUUUUUAACAUCCAUUCCAGUGCGUUUAACACACUUCCUUUCCCUUCCACACGCUCCUUACAAGGCGAAGGAGCACCAGUGGUUUGUCUGAUAACUUAGUUAGAAGGAACAGGUCAUGUCAUCAUAUUGGUGAGGAGACUUAGGAAGCGCGCCACCGUCUCCCCACCGCGGCUUCGAAUGCAGGGACGAGCAGUCAGCAGCCACCUGAACGUGCCUCAUGCCGCCCGUGCGGCUUGUGGCCACAGUGGCACUUGGCUGUAGCUGUCAUUUGUGCCCAUGGUAGAAGGCAGAUUAUCUCCAGAUCCUGCCAUCUGUAUAUUUUUGGUUGACUUCCGUGUCCUAGCUACUUCGUUUUGGGUUUUCACCCCUAGCUUGUUUUGUGGCUUUUUAAAAAGUAGAUUUUGUAUUGUGUAAUUCUGUGAUCCCUGAUGGCCAGUACCCCGGGUCCCCUGAUCUGUUGUGCUUGCCUCUUUUCUCCUCCCAGGAAAGCCACACACAUUGUAUUCACUGAUGGCUCUCGUUAAAUGAUCUUUAUGUCUUUGUGUUUUGUCCAAAACUAUAUUGAAAGAUAUAUAUUGUUUCAUGCAAAUGAAGGAAUGCAAUAAAGAGUACCUAUCCUCGAAAA